AUGAGCUCCAAAGUUUGCAUUCUAUCGUCGGAUACUCCACGCUUGCAGUUGCUCGAGCAAGUGGUUGAGAGCAAGCAUGAAGAAGUCCUUCAACUGCGUAGCGAAGCCGACAAUCUGCGUCGAAAACAUUCUAGCAGGAAGCAAAACACCAGGGCGGCACAAUCUGACCUGGCUCAUUUGAAAGCUGAACACUUGCAUCAUCUUUCCGGUGUGGACGACGCGUCGAUAUCUAUCAUCAAGCUACAGACGCAGCUUCUAGUGUCUCUUGGUUGUGGCUUAGCGGAUCCAGGAUGUAUAGAAGCUAUCACAGCGGAGAAGACGGAGGAAUUCUGGUCCUACAUGGAAAAAGUCAAAUCUUCCCCUACGACUACUGCUGAUGUCUCGCGCACGCACACAGAAGAUUUGAAGUCAAUUGCAACGUCAUCCUGUCCACUUGAGCCAGAUGAUAUUUCUGCAUCGGAAUUGACAGCACUACUCGUGAGACAGUGUAUAGACCUCUAUGAAAAGGCAGGAAAGCUACCAAGGUCUACAGGCCUUCCCCGUCAAUGUAGGCAGCUAUGCGAUAUGGCGCGCACUUUACAGUAG